UCGACAAGUAAUACUGUAGGCGAGAGAGCAUUUCCGGGUGGCGCUACGAUUGGCGCUGCGACUGGCACUGCGGCCACAGGUGAGCGUCGUCGCAAGGAGAGCAUCAUUGACUUGACGCGGUACAUUGACAAACGAGUUAGAGUUAAAUUUUCAGGUGGCCGUGAGGCCUCAGGUACCCUGAAGGGCUGUGACAACCUCUACAAUAUGGUACUCGAUUGUACGAUUGAGCACCUACGAGAUCCGGAUGACCCGAGCCGACUCACAGAUGACACCCGGGAGUUGGGACUUGUCGUUUGCAGAUGUAAACACUUCAUCGGCAUUGGAUUCAUCCACGAGCUAAAUCCCUUAGAUGCCGAUUUGACGAUACGGUCAUUUGAUCACCUUGGUUGUUUUACGCUAAGUGAGCAUGAUCCCCUUUUCGUUGAGGUCCACUCGACGGUGCCAUGA